UCAAACUAGUAUGGGGGAAUACGAUUGGUUCGUAGGCCGCCGCGGCAGGCCGGGCUCCCUCCUCGCGCUCGGGCGGGUUAUUGUCUACCGGCUCCAGCGCGGACUCGGGACCGGAGCUCAGGCGGCGGCAGCACCAUGGCUGGUGGCAAGGCGGGAAAGGACAGCGGGAAGGCCAAGGCAAAGGCGGUGUCGCGCUCACAGAGAGCCGGGCUGCAGUUCCCGGUGGGCCGGAUUCACAGACACUUGAAGACUCGCACCACCAGCCACGGGCGAGUGGGCGCCACGGCUGCUGUCUACAGCGCCGCCAUCCUUGAGUACCUCACCGCCGAGGUGCUGGAGCUGGCGGGAAACGCUUCGAAGGAUCUCAAAGUCAAGCGGAUCACGCCCCGUCACUUGCAGCUGGCGAUCCGUGGGGAUGAAGAGUUGGAUUCCCUGAUCAAAGCCACCAUUGCCGGUGGAGGUGUCAUCCCCCACAUCCACAAGUCUCUGAUCGGAAAGAAGGGACAACAAAAAACGGCGUAGAGAAGAGGGGGAGGGGAAAAAAAGCAGCCCACUCCCUCACGUUGUCGUACUGUACCUGGGACAGGCUAAAUCUUGGGAAUAGGCGGAAUUGCUUUGUAAGGAAUAGUUCAAAGGAAGAGCAAUAGACAAUUGGCUGUAGAGAGGGGGGAAAACAUUGGUUUGGGCUUUAGAUUCAAAGUUUGGCACGAAGCCGCACCUGUCGGGCGGCGGCGGUGGGUGCGGUGCUCGAGGGGCUCGGCUGCUCCCCUGGGUUUGAUACAAAAAUGGAAGGGAUAAACCAUUUUUUACAAAAAAAAAAAACCAACCCCAACCUCUGCUGUGGUGCCGUGGGGGGAGGCUCCGGGGGGUUGCUGGGGCUCCCUGGGGCGGCGGGGGGCGGUUGGGGGCAGCCGGGACCACCCCCCGCGCACCCGGGGAAGCAGUGGGGCCCGGCCCGGCGCGCUCCCGCGCCAAAUGCAAAUCUGUCCCCGCCCCAUAUGCAAAUGCGCGGGGAAGCAGCUGGGUGGUGCCUCGGCUUAUGCAAAUAGGCGGUGGGCGGGGCGAGCCCCCCGGGCUCCGCCCCACAUUCCCGGGGUGCACCGGGAAAGGGAGCGGUGGGUCGGUGCCGGCUGUCCUGAGGGCCCAUCUGCCCUGGGCGUGGAGGUCCCCGGCUGUCCUGGGUGUAGGGGUGUUGGGUGUCCGUCUGUAUGCCCUGGGGGCCUGUCUGUCUGGGGUGUCCAUCUGUCCUAGGGGGAGGGGUCCUGGGUGUCCCAUCUGCCCUGGGCGUAGGGGCGUCGGGUGUCUGUCUGUCCAGGUGUGUGGGUCCUGGCUGUCUGUGCGUCCUGAGUGCAUGGGUUCCAGGUGUGGGUCUGUCUGUCCUGGGUGGGUAGGUCCUGGCUGUCCCAUCUGCCCUGGCCAUAAUGGUGUCAGCUGUCUGUCUGUCAGUCCUGGGUGCAUGGAUCCCCGAUGGCUGUCUGUCCAGGGUUGUGAGGCCUGCAGGUAUGGGGCCUGGCUGGCUGUCCUGGGUGUGUAGGUCCCGGGUGUGUGUCUGUCUGUCCAGGUGUGUGGGACCUGGUUGUCAGUCUGUCCUGGGUGCGUGGGUUCCAGGUAUGUGUCUGUCUGUCCUGGGUGGGUAGGUCCUGGCUGUCCCAUCUGCCCUGGCCAUAAUGGUGUCAGGUGUCUGUCUGUCUGUCUGUCCUGGGUGUGUAGGUCCCAGGUGUCUGUCUGUCCAGGUGUGUGGGGCCUGGCUGUCUGUCUCUCCUGGGCACACGGGUCCCAGGUGUCUGUCCGUCUGUCCUGGCACACGGUACCUGGAUCCUGGCCCUCUGCCUGCAGGCACCUGACCUCGGGUGGGGCCGAGCCGCACCUGGCCGGAGCGGGGCAGGUGCCGCAGGCCAUGGGUGGUGGAGGAGGAGGAGGAGGGAGCUGGGAAGGCUCCAGCACUGGCAACACCAGCGCCCGGUUGCAUCAGGCCCCAAGAGGCCACGGCGGCCACCUGCCCGCCUGGGUGCUAUCGCUGCCCCACCGCCCCGUCCCACCGGCCCCGGGAUGGGCGGGCGGGGCCGGGCCCGGCCCGCAGAGCCUCGGCCGUGGCGGUGCGGCCGCCGCUGUCACAAGAUGGUGGCGGGAGGCGACGGGUUGAGGCCUCGGGGCCAGCACAAUGGCGGGGCCCCAAGAUGGCGGCGGCGGGGAGGGGCCGUCCUCCCCGCCCGUGGCCGGCGCAACUGCGCAUGCGCCUCCGCGCUGCCGCAAGGCGCGUGCGCCCGCCGGGCCGCGCCGCCGGGCCGUGCGGGAGGUUCCAUGCGGCCGUAGGGGAAGGGGGGGAGUGCGGCAGGGAGCUCCGGAUCAUUCCCACGCCGCGGAGCCCUGCGAGGAAGGCGAGACGCUCUGGAUCCCUUCUCGGCCCCGGUCGCCGCCAGGGUGGCCGCAGGGGACACGAGGCAGCCGCGGAGGGGGAGGUCGCGCGCGGCGUUACGUAACCCGCCUCCCCCGCCCGCUGGCAGUGGUUGUGCCGCCCCAGACCCCGCGGCGCGAUCGGCUCUCUCCAUUGGUGGGAGGAAGCGGGGGGCGGGGCGAGGAGAUAUAAAUAGAGGCGGGGCGGAGGGCGCAUCGCUUAGUCCGCUGCGGCCGUUACAGCGAUCUGUCGCGCCCUACGCUCCCGCCCGCCGCCGCCGCUCGUCCUCCGCCGCCGCCGCCAUGAACGGGCAACUCAACGGCUUCCACGAGGUGUUCAUCGAGGAGGGCACCUUCCUCUUCACCUCCGAAUCCGUGGGCGAGGGGCACCCAG